UGACACAUUUUGAUUUUGUUGAGACACAGCCAUGUUGACUGAAGUAGUGAAGUGGAAACCGCAGUUGACACAGAGCCAAAGCAACCCAUCAUUAGCCUCCAUAACCACCUUAUAACCCGGACUCAACUUGCACUCAACCACUCAAUUCGCAACGGGUACUUGCCAGUUGCCACCGUCCACCACAAGAUUUUCAAAAAUCACCGCACCUUUCGCGCGUCGUCACCCUUUUAAGGCGAGAGCGCCCAACUCCCUCGCUUCGCUUGUCAGUCACUCGCACUCAGCCACUCACUCGUGAGCAGCCAAGAAAGAUUGCCGCAGCUCGAUCUGGACCACCUCCCUCUUCUGCGUCGGCGCCCGCGGCUCCGGCUUCGCGCACUCCAUGUCCAAGGUGGCGUGCGAGACGGCCGCCGCGCUCCCCGACGCCGGCGCCGUCCAAUUAUGCGGCCGCGGUGGUGCUGGUAGCGCCGCCAGCCCUCGUGCCGACGACGACGCGGGCGCGCCAGCGGAGUCGGUCCUGCUCCGGGCUCCGGACGGCGUCGGCUUGGCCCAUUUGUUUGGCGCGGCGCUGCGGCGGGACGGGUCCACCAAGGGAAGCUCCAACCCCAAGGCGGCCGCCGAGGCGGCGACGGCGACGCGCAAGGGCGCGCCGAGGGCGGCGGACUCGAGGACGAGGAGGUUGUUGCCGGCCACGACGGCGGCGGGCAGCAGCAAGACCGCCGUAGCCAUCGGCGUCGUCCUGCCGGCGAGCAAGGUGGUCGCCAAGGAGCGUCGCGGUCGCGCUCGCGCUCCAGGCCGCGUCGUCGUCGCCCGCGCCUGGCGCCGGCCGGCGGCAGGGGCCAGGGUCUUCGCGAGCGAGGCCGUGGGGCCGGAGCCCGUGUCUCCGAAGGUGUCCUGCUUCGGGGCCGUACUGUCGUCGGAGGAGAGGUCUGCCGCGCCGCCGCCGCCCGCGGCCGGCACGCGAGAGGAAGAAGAGGAAGGGAGCGGCGGGUGCUGGGCGAGCCUGGGGACCGGGCUCCUUGGCCUAUGUCGCGACAGCAACGAUCGUGAUGGUGGCCACCUGUGCCGCGCGAGCGAACCAAGUUCGAAGCAGGAGACGGCCCCGCCGGAGCCUCAGCAGCGGCAGCGCAUCGCCGUGAUGUCGCCACCGCGGCCGGUGGCGCCGGGGCUGGGAGACGUGAAGCGCCUCGCUUCGCGGCGGUGGCCGGAGACCACGGCGCGGGGGGACGGUUUGAAUUGAAUGUCCCCCCCUCCCGUACGUGCUUCGAGAGGCACGUACGGCGGUCGGCGGCAGCCCUUGUACGGCGUCCACGGAUCACGGUUGCCAACGCAUGCAGCACCGUCUCCCUCCUCGGACCUGCUCCUGACCGUUCUAUUGUCGUGUGGUGUGUGUAUGUGUAUGUGUGCAUGUCAGCAUGUGUGUGAUCUUUUUUUUUUUCUGUUUGUUUGCAAGCUGCAUCUCGUGCCUUGUGUAUCGACAUUGGGCUCUGUCCCGUUUCUUCGUCACUCGAGUAGAUAGUAGAUUGAUAAUAUAUCCGUUGCAAUUUGUCCUUUA